GUUGUUUGCCCGACGGAAUGGUUGCCAUUGGUGCACAGCAAUCAACAUAACAAAAGCAUCUGCGUAUAUUGGAGAACUUCAAGUGCUCGACAGCUACGUUCAGGAAAUCUGUUGAGAGUUGCAAGCUGGAGCGUUGAUAUAGAAGAGAAAUGGAUUCUAUCCGUAACUGGGGGGAUUACCGACACCUGUCCCCUGGUGUUCGAAAUUCUGAGGGAGGCACCUUGCUCAGCCACUUUCCACAUAUUGCUGACUAUUAUUUCCAGCAUCGAGGAGCGAUCUGUCUCUAUAGACGCAAAAUGGAACUUCGAACGUGGCUCGUGGUCAACUGGAAGCUCUCUUCGAAUGGGCGACGUUAUGGCUUCUGCUGCAGGUUUUGUGAAGGACGGAGUGCUCAGAGGGGAGCUUAUGCUGCUGCCAGAUUCUGAGCAGCAUGAAGCAUUGAAAGCGUUUCCGGCAGCUUCAGACUUCCCACUCAAGUCCUGUGGGCUGUCUACUAAAAGCAUUAUGUCAAGAACUACAGUGAUAAGCAAUCACCCCAGGAUUAUUGUAUUUGAUUGCUUGCUUUCUAAUACGGAAUGCGAGCACCUGAUUAUGCUAGCAGCACCUCACAUGCGCAGAUCACUUGUCAGUGGAAGGGCAGUCAGUGAGAAUAGGACUAGCUGGAGUAUGUUUUGCACAAACGGCUUGGAAUUAGAUCCUGUGGUUCAGUGUGUUGAGCGGAGGUGCAUCUUCUACAUGAAGCUUUUGGGCGUACAUGUUGUCCCAGACAACGAAAAACUUCAGAUAAUACGAUACAUAGCUGGUGAAGAGUUCAAAGCUCAUUUUGACAAUGGUAGGUCUCUCUUUUCCCUUUUUCUAUGUCAACGCCUGCUAACCUUUCCUUGUCAGAUGUCGGAAAUUGCAGCAAACGUGCAGCCACGGUGCUCAUAUGUGGAGAGCGGCGGAGAAACCUAUUUUCCGAAAGGAUUAUUGAUGCACAAAAGCAGUGGUUAUGAUGGUAUAAGCGCAAGAGGUUCCGGCAUUUCUAUAGCUCCAAAGAAGGGAAGGGCUUUGGUAUUUUUCAGCCGCCGACAUGAUGGAGCUGAAGAUCCUUGUAGUCUUCAUG